CUAUUUUCAGAUUCUAUGUUCCCAAACAAAAGAAAAGAAGAAGAAAAACUUCUCUCUCACUCAACACUCGCAUUAUUUUAUAAAUUAAUAAACAAAUAAUUCUCUGUACCCUCUGUCUCUAUAUAUUCCAUUUUGAGAUCCCGACUCUUGCCUCCCUCCUCAUUCUACCUCUCAUUUAUCAUCUUCGACAGAUAACGAAGAAGAAGAAAUUCUCAGAAAAGGAGGAGGAAAAAGAAUUUUGAGAGAGAAAGAAGGAUCGAAAAUGGGUUUGGUUCAUCCAGAACUAAGCUUGGAUUUUCGACCAACUUUUAUACCAAAAAAGAUCACUAAUUUCUUCAAGGAAGUUUCACUGAUCGGAAACGUUUCUGAUAAGGCUUCGAAAGUCGAUGCAAUUUUGAAAGGGUUGGAAGAAGAAAUGAAAAAGAUCGAUGCUUUUAAACGUGAACUUCCUCUUUGCAUGCUUCUUUUGAAUGAUGCGAUUGUAGCAUUGAAAGAGGAGUCUCUGCAAUGUAUGGGGAGAAACGUUGAACCAAUUUUAGAAGAAUUCAUUCCAUUGAAGAACAAGGAGGAAAAUGAUCAGAGUGAAGAGGACGGUUCCUUAAUCCCCACCAAAAAGGAAGAAGGCUCUAACAACAACAACUGCAACAAUUAUAAGGACAAGAAAAAUUGGAUGCGUUCAGUUCAGCUUUGGAAUGCCGAUGAUGAUGACACUCUAGUUAAUACGAUAAACCAUGGAAAUCCAUGUAAAAACAGGGGAGGAGCUAGAACGUUUAUGCCACUCAAGGCAAAUUUGGGGUUUGCAGUGAGGAAAGAAGAAACGGGGAUACCGGUUCCUGGUUUAACGCUUUUGACACCCGGAAUCAAGAAUCAGAAACAGGAAUCAGAUUCUACGGGAUCAAGGACGAAUUGUAGCAGAGCAGUUUCGUGUUCUGCAACCAACGCUCAAUCGAAUUUUCGGUCGGCACCGUUGGCAGUGCUCUCCAAUCAGCAGCAGCAGGCUGGUAGGAAGCAAAGGCGGUGCUGGUCGCCCGAGUUGCAUCGCAGGUUCGUCAAUGCUUUGCAGCAGCUAGGAGGCUCUCAAGUGGCCACUCCAAAGCAGAUUAGGGAACUUAUGCAAGUAGAUGGCUUGACAAAUGAUGAAGUUAAGAGUCAUUUGCAGAAAUACCGACUACACACGCGAAGACUUCCAGCCACAACGACACAAUCAGCCUUUGUUUUGGGAAGUGGUCGUGCAUGGACAUCCAAAGAUCAGUACGGAGAAUCCUCGAAAACGAGCAGCUUGCAGUCCGCUUCUCCACAAGGUCCUCUCCAGUUAGCCACGAACACCAGAGGGACCUUGACUACCGGAGGUGACAGCGUGGAAGACGAUGAAGAUGCAAAAUCCGAGUGCUAUAGCUGGAAAAGCCAUGUUCGGAAACCCGGAAAAAUUAUUGCAUUAUUCUCAUAUCUUAAUGCUAUAAUUUUCCCCCUAUUACUUGAGCCAUUACACUUGGUUUCAGAAAUGCCUCAAAUCUCCAAGAAAUUUCAUGUGGAAAUAGUCUUCUUCUACCUAUAA